CCCAGCGUGUGGAUAUGCUCUUGGCCUUCAAUCGCAGGUUGUAAGCGAUUCCCAAAUGAGUGCCUCUUCUAAAUGGAAUUCCGCUCAUAGGGCGGCCAAUGGUAGGCUACAUUUCCGUGCCGGUGGAAAAAGAACUGGAGCGUGGUCCGCUAAAUACGAUAAUGCUGAACAGUGGCUCCAAGUAGACUUCAGAAAAAUUGCAAAAAUCACCAAAAUAGCGACUCAAGGCCGUCAGGAUCAUGACCAGUGGGUGAAGAGUUACACACUUUCGUACAGCAGAGAUGGUGUAUUUUGGGCACAGUACCCAGAGGUACUUUCUGGAAAUUCUGAUCGAUCGACUGUUGUCACUCAUGAACUGAAACAAGUGAUAUACGCUCGUUAUCUGCGGAUUCAUCCUCAAAGUUGGCAUGGAUACAUUUCCCUGAGGGCUGAGGUCUAUGGAUGCACUUCAGGAUUUAAUGUUCCAGCUGAAACGUGCCUUUCUGCAUUUGGAAUGCAAGACAAAACCAUUCCCGAUUCUAGUAUCACAGCCUCUUCCAUGUGGGAUGCAAACCAUUCACCAUCCAGGGCAAGACUUGGUACAGUUAAAGAGGGCGCCAAGAGAGGCGGGUGGUCGGCAAAAACGAGUAAUGUGAACCAAUGGAUCCAAGUAGAUUUGGGUAAAGUUGUCAAGGUUACUCGUAUCGCAACACAAGGUCGUCAAGAUUAUGGCCAAUGGGUAAAAUCCUAUUCUUUGCAAUACAGCUUGGAUGGAGGUCAUUUUGAAGACUACCAAGGAGGUCGGGUGUUAAAGGGAAAUAGUGACCGUAACAGUAUAGUUGGCCAUAUUUUGGAGCCCGCCAUUAUUGCAAGAUACAUCAGGAUCCGUCCCAAGUCUUGGUAUGGACACAUUUCUAUGAGAUUCGAAAUCUACGGAUGUACUAGUGGUUUCCCUAUUCCACCAACGCCAUCUUGUGCUGGCGCCAUUAACCUAGGUGACUGGAUGUUGUCUUCUUCUUCGGACUGGGAUUACAAUCACAGAGCUGCAAACGGCAAGUUGGACUUCGUUGCUGGAGGAGGAAGGACUGGUGCCUGGUCUGCACGUCAUAACAACGCCAAUCAAUGGCUGCUUGUCGACUUUGAUCGAGAGAUGAAGAUUACACGCAUUUCUACUCAGGGACGUCAAGAUGCUAACCAGUGGGUCAGGACCUACACGGUAGAAUACAGCCAAGAUGGCGUCCGGUUUACACCUUACAGUGUGGGCAAAGUUGCGAAGAUAUUUGCUGCAAACACCGACCGUCAUUCAGUUGUCAGCCAUAAACUCCCAACACCGAUUGUGGCUCAGUACGUUCGUUUGAGGCCGAAGUCUUGGUACAGUCACAUAUCCAUGCGAGUGGGGAUGUAUGGAUGCCCAACAGGUAAAAAGCCGGCAAGUCCUCCUUGUCAUCAGGCAAUGGAUGUAGGAGUAAUAAUGGAUCGAUCAGGUAGCAUUGGGGCCGAGAACUUCAGGAAAUCUCAAGACUUUGUAGCAAGUUUGAUCAGCCAUUUUGAGUAUGCGUCAUCAGGCACUCGUUUCGGAGUCAUCGCCUAUAAUGCAGCGGCAAACACCAUCUUCAGAUUUAAUGACGCUGCUGUACAGAAUUCUAAAACCUUGAUGAGUCGCGUUUAUGGUAUCAAGUACUUGCAAGGUGGAACGCGUACUGACAGAGCCUUGCAACUUGCCAAUAGUGACCUGUACUCUUCGCGUGGUGGUUACCGUAGCAACGUACCAAACGUGUUGUUUGUUUUGACCGAUGGCAAGACCAACCGAGGAAGCUUACCUUAUUCCACCGUCCUCAAGCCUUUGUUGGCCAAAAAGGUGAAAAUGAUAGCCGUUGGCGUUGGCAAAGGAAUAAAUGAUAGUGAGCUUCGACAAAUCUCAAAAAAAACAUGUUUUCCAUGUCAAAGACUUCAACGCUUUGUCAGAGAAAUUAAAGGACAUUCUUGAUGCUUCCUGUCCCUGAAAUUAAGUAAGAAAUUGAAAAGGAACCAAAGGCAUAAAUGACAAAGGAUUUCCCAUCUGAUUGAUUUAAAGAUAUUAGUA